ACCAAUCUGUUGAAUUUUAUGACGAUAGCAACAUUAUUUCUAACUACUUGCUGUUGUUGCGUCAUCGAUUGAGACAAUUCCAUAAGAAUGGCCGACAAAGUGAUUCCUGUAGUCAAGGCGGAGGAGGCUGAAGAGGAGGAGAUGGUCGAUCCUCAGACGGAACUCAGGGAAAGUUGUGCACAGAAGCCCGAGUGCCAGAGAUUCUGGGACAAGUACCAAGAAUGCAAUGCUCGUGUCAGCUCCCGAUCACAAACCGCAGAGACCUGUGAGGAAGAGCUCAUUGACUAUGUUCAAGUCCUUGACAAGUGUGUGAACAAGGACCUCUUCAAGAGGUUAAAGUAAUCCUAUAGAUCAUAAUAGAUUUUAAUUGUCUGCCAUCACUCGUUCCGGUUUUCAGUCAAACCUAGCAAAAGAUGGAAUUUAGUGUGUCUAGUAAAUUAUUUUACCAAUUACCAUUGCAGAAAUGAUACAUAAAGUUGUUGUUUAUUUGUAAAUAAAUAAUUUUGAGGUUA